AUUGUGAUGAUAGAUUUCAACAUACCCAGCGAUCCUCACAUUAUAUUUGAUCGACUAGGGUCAUAGAAUGCCAUGCAAAACAAUGCAACACGGUUAAUAAAAAUAACCGGGAUGGCGUCCUCAGUGCAUGUCACAUUGCGGGGCUGUACUUGAGGCGGGGCAGUCAAAAUCUUUCCUCCCCGAAGCUUCCUCCCACUCUCCCGAAACUUGAUUAUUUCUCAGAUAACAGCUCACAAGGUGAACACCCUCAAUAUGGCAAAGAUCCAUCGAAACCCUCCUUUCCGAGCCGAACAUCUUGGCUCUCUCCUGCGACCAAAGGAACUGCUUCAAGCACAUGCCGCUUUCGAGAAGAAUGAACUCUCCCAGGAAAAGGUCACAAAGGCCGAAGAUGAAGCUGUCGAUGCUGUCGUAAAAGUCCAGACCGAUGCUGGCUUCCGUGCCGUAUCAGACGGAGAAUACCGUCGCGCGGUCUUCUGGGGCACUUUCUUCGAGGAACUUGAGGGUAUGACUGAAAUCAGAAACCCUUCCAUGGAUAUCUUCCGUCCCUAUGUCCCUGAUAUUGCUGGCUUCAUUGAGAAGGGUCACAAACCUGGCCAAUCAUGUCUUUGCACUGGCAAAAUCAGACAUAAGGGCAAGAGUACAUUGGUCGGUCAAUUUGAGUACCUUAAGACUCUAAUCCCCGAAGAGAAAUGGGGCGACAUCAAGUUGACUAUGAUUGCCCCUCCAUGGUAUCAUCUCAGAUACAAAGAUGGCUUGGCUUUCCCCAAGGACGUCUACCCAAGCGACGCAGAAUACUUUGCAGAUAUUGCGCAGGCUGUUCGAACUGAACUUGAUAUUCUUUACGCUGCUGGUGUCAGGAACAUUCAAUUUGAUGACCCUAACUUUGCUUAUUUCUGCUCCGAGAAGAUGCUUGCUGGGUGGGCGGAGGAUAAGUCGAAUACCAAGACACCAGACGAACUCCUCGAUGCUUAUAUCCAAUGCUACAAUGACAGUAUUAAAGAUCACUCAGAGAAGAUGCACUUUGGAUUGCACAUUUGCAGAGGCAACUUCAUGGGAUCCCGUCAUUUCUCGGAAGGUGGCUACGACCGCAUUGCUACGAAGCUGUUCCAAACCCUCAAUGUCGAUUCUUACUACCUUGAGUACGAUACACCCAGGGCUGGCGGAUUCGAGCCGUUAUUGCACCUCCCCGCCCACAAGAAUGUGAUUCUUGGUGUCAUCACUUCCAAGUUCCCGGAACUUGAGGACAAGGAGAAGAUGAAGGAAAGACUCUAUGCUGCUGCCGAUGUUAUCGCGAAAGGAGCUGGCCAGAGCAGAGAGCAAGCUUUGGACAGGAUGGGUGUCAGUCCACAGUGUGGGUUUGCAAGCCACGAAGAGGGGAAUCUGCUUGGGUGGGAGGACAUGAAGAACAAGUUGGCACUUGUCAGAUCUAUUGCCGACGACGUCUGGAAGGGCCAGCCGUAAUUAGCUCAGCAAAGGAGGAGAUGUGGAGUUGCGUUCAAGAUAUUCAACUAUCCAAAAAAAGAUGGAAAAACAAAAGUCAAAAAUAAGAAAUUUUCAACAACUACACUUUCACGGCGUGGCACUAUGCUCCGAGCCUGGCUGGAGUAUUCAUCACUCAGAUUUGGUAGUAACGGAGACUGAGAUUACUGAUAUUCUUUUUCAUUGAUUGAACACUCGGAAAAAUGG